CUCUUACUUAAAUCUGUGCAUUGAGUGUGGGAUGCGGUGAGCCGGCGCCAUGGAGGGAGCCAAGGAUAACAAGCUUCUGUCCAUGCACCGCCUGAGUCCUACGCCCUUCUCGUCAGACGAGGGUGCGGAGAGCGGGGGACGACAGCGAGGAGGACAUCGUCACCAACUAUCUGCCGGGGACAGCAGGGGCGGCCAUGGUUGGGAGGGAGGGGCCUGCUGCGUCUCCCCACCAUCACCACCACCAUCCCCAGCUGCUGCUCUUCAACCAGCAGCAGCCCCAGCAGCAGCAGCACCAACAGCAAACACAGAAGCAAAAGCAGCAACUCACCAUGCAACACCAGCAACAGCUUCACCAGCAGCCGCAGCCGCCCCAGGUGGUGGCUAGCGUGCUGCCCCUUCACACCCACGCCCAGGGGCCGCCCCGCCGCCUGGUACGCAUGGCGGAGAUCCCCACUAUGGACUCCAUCACGGCGGAGAGCUUGGGCAUGGGCGUCAGUGUGGGGCCCUCGGAUGCCUUCAUCCCGCCCAUACCCACCAUCAGCAUCACGCCUCACUCCCCCAUCGCCCACAAGCCCUUCACGGUGCUUGACGAGAACAUCCGGCAGCUGCAGGGCAUCCAGGCCACUAUCCAGCGGAUGAGGGAGACCAACUUGGCAGUGAAGGUAAGUGUGUCUUGCUGCUGUUGUGUUGUGGCUGCCUGCUUCAAUGCUGGUGAGAGUGUGAACUUAUCUUUUGUUGGUUAGACGUGAGUGGAUUGA